UAAUCCGCAUUAAAAAAUAAUAUAUGAAUUUUGCGGAAAUGGUUUAGCCCGUCUCUCUGGAGUCUCAGCUUGGGUUUUAACAAGCGCGACAAUCGAGAUCGAAACCAACCGAAAGAUGCCGGAGCUCCCGGAGGUAGAGGCGGCGAGGAAAGCGAUAGAGGAGCACUGCACCGGCAAGAAGGUUCGACGCUCUGUCGUCGCUAACGACUCCAAGGUCAUUGAAGGCGUCUCCCCAUCCGAGCUUGAAUCGGCUCUCGUCGGAAAGACUAUCAUUGCCGCACUCCGCAAGGGCAAGAACCUCUGGCUCCGCCUUGACUCUCCUCCCUUUCCUUCCUUCCAGUUUGGAAUGUCUGGCGCUGUCUACAUCAAAGGCGUGGCAGUCACAAAGUACAAGAGGUCUGCUGUCAGCGAUGAGGAUGAAUGGCCUUCGAAGUUCUCGAAAGUAUUCAUGGAGCUAGAAGAUGGUUUAGAGUUGUCGUUUACUGAUAAGAGACGUUUUGCCAGAGUUCGCCUGCUUCAAGAUCCAGAGGCGGUGCCCCCAAUUUCUGAACUUGGUCCAGAUGCUUUGCUAGAGCCUUUGCAAAUUGAAGAGCUUGUAAAUGCUUUGAGGAAAAGGAAUACUGCAAUUAAGGCCCUAUUGCUUAAUCAGAGUUUUGUUUCUGGUAUUGGCAACUGGAUUGCUGAUGAGGUGCUUUAUCAGGCAAGAAUCCAUCCCCUGCAAAUUGCUUCAAGAUUGUCAAGGGAAGAUUGCGAAUCUUUGCAUCGAUGCAUUGAAGAGGUUAUUCGGUAUGCUGUUGAAGUUGACGCAGACUGCAAUUCUUUUCCUAUUGAAUGGUUGUUUCAUUAUCGGUGGGGAAAGAAACCUGGAAAAGUAAAUGCCGUUGAAGUUGGAGCAGAUAGUAGUCAAUACCCUAGUAACUGGAUUUUUCAUUCCCGAGAAAAGAAAUCUGGGGAGGCAUUUGUUGAUGGAAAACGAAUUGAGUUCAUUGCAGCUGGUGGCAGAACUACAGCCUUCGUACCAGAAUUACAGAAGCUGAUUGGUGUCAAAUCAGUGAAAGGCAAAUCCAACCAAUCUAGAAAGGCAAACCCUGAUGAAGAAGAAGAUGAUGAAGGUAGUAAAGGUGAAGAGAUUGAGAAAGAGAAAGAAAUUAAAAGACAGCCUAAAAAAGGUAAAAAUAAGAAGGUUGGUAGCCAUAGACAACAGAAGGUAGAUGCUUCAGGUGACAACAGUGAGGAAGCUAAUGAAAAGGAAAAACCAAAGAAAAAAAAUGGCAAGAAGCCAUUGGCGGCUGACAAAACACAGCCAAAGGUUGUUAAAGCAAACAGAAAUGAACUGAAAUCACUUGAUAUAAGAGCAAAGGCACAGGCGAAGGAGUCAUCAAAGAAGAGAUCAGGAUCAAACGAAGCUAGUACCCAGCAAAAGAAGAAAAUCAGGAAGUGAGGUUGAUAGGAAAUACUUGAGUUCACAAGUAAUCCUACCGGAUCUACUCGAGUUCGCAAUCAAAUCUAACUAUAAUCAGUAAAAACAGUGAGAAAAACGUAGAAAUCAUCGUGGAAGAACAAUCAAACAAUAGCAAAAGGGUAUUUUGGAGGCAGUAGUAAUUGAUGGUAUUCGCCUUUGGUUUCUGUUUUUAUUUUAUUUUUUUGCCUGGCUUCUGCUUUUCCAAUGUUCUAAAAAGUGCCUUGCAAAUUUCCAAUAUUCACUUUUUUGUCCACAAAGAAGUUGAUGUAUCCAAAACUGCUGUGCAGUAAUUAAAUUCUGUGAAUGUUUGGAAAGCUUACUCUUUAAGUUGUCAAAACUUAUAAAUA